AUGACUAUCAUUGUUGCGGACGACUCGUUACAAAUAGAGAAAAUAUCUAAACCAAAUGUUAAACAUUAUUUGAUGCCAUAUACAUCGGGAUAUUUUGCUGGACGUAACUUAGCACUGAGCCAGGUCCAAACAGAGUUUGUGCUCUACGUCGAUGAUGACUUUAUUUUUACGAAUGAAACAGUGCUCGAGAAAAUGGUGGACAAAUUAGAAAACUAUCGUAUAACGUUGGUUGCUGAGGCGGUUCACAAUGGAGUGAUUAUUGCCGGUCGUGCAAAUAUGAUCGAAAUAGGUUAUUCCAAAAAAGGCAUGUGCUAUAGGCACAAACAAAUUGACAUAACACACCCAUAUUUACCACAUUGUUGGUGGACUGAACUGUCAUUGAAUUUCUUUAUGGCAAGAACCAAAACACUGCAACGUAUUGGUUUUGAUCAGAAUAUUGUAACAUCGACUCGGGGACAUGCUGAAUUUUGGAUAGAUGCCCUUGGGAAAAGUAACAGCAUUUUCUGCAACGACGUAACAGUUAACCACGAUAGCAAAAGUGUUGCCAAUGCUGUGUAUACAAAGGCUCGAAGUAAUCUCCGACAUUACUUAUUGCGUGAAAUAUUGUUUAAAAAAAAUUUCUGUGAUAUUCUCUUGCGUUAA